AUGGGGAAGAAGAGUGAGAAGAGCAAGUAUAGCUCCGGCGCGAGCGGCAGCAAUGCCAGGGUGGGCGGCAGCGGCAGGGAGGCGGUGGUGUGGUCCGAGAAGAUGAGCGAGUACCUCAUCGACGCGCUGCUGCACCAGCAGGGGAUCGGGAACCGGGGCGAGGGCAGGUUCCUGAGCGCGGCCUUCGAUAACAUCAUCUCGGGGGUUGCCGAGAGGUUCGGGGUGAACAUCGAUAGGUCCAACAUCAAGAACCGUCUCAAGUCCAUCAAGGAGAACUUCCAUGAGUGCGAGAGCCUUUUCGAGAACCAGAGUGGUUUUACGUGGAGUGCGAUGAACAAGAAGUUUUAUGCUGACCCGGAUGUUUGGAGGGACUACAUCGAGAUAAAGCCAGAAGCCCAGAAAUGGAUUAACAAGCCCAUUGAUCAUUACGAUAGGCUACUAAAGCUAUUUGGGAAGGAUAGAGAAAGACGUCCAGCUGUUGAAAGCCCAAAUGGUUCACCGGCAAAAAAGGCGCGGAAAACCCCACCAAGGGAGAAACCUCAACGCACACCAUCAAAUGGUUUGGUGUCACCCAUCGUCAAAAGUUCAAAAGAAAUGGCAAACGAAAACGAGGUUCCUAGCGAGGUGGUAACAGAAAAGAACAUAGCUGAAGAGCAGGAUUUAUCAGAAAAUUUCACAAGUGAGAAUGGUCUUGUUGCUAGGCCAGUUGAUGCCAAUUCAUGUGGUAUAGGUUUGCCCUAUGCUCCUGAAAAUUGGCCAUGUCCUGGCGACCAAUGGAGUUGGAAAGUGGGAUCCAGGGGUUCCACAACUGGCCACUGGGUUGACAGGUACCUUACGCCACCCUCACGUUUUCGUGAUGCUACUGGUAAAAAGACAUCAUUCACAAGUAGACUAAAGGUUGAAGAAUUUAUCAAGACAGAAUUUCCAGAUGUUGAUCCUAGCACAUUCUUUUCUAUGUUUAUUUGGAGGAUCCCUGCUAAAGGACAUAGCAUCCAAAGAGGAUGUGGUGAAGUGAGGAGGGUCUUUUGUCCUCACGCAAAGCCGGCUGAUCCAACUGGACCAUGUAAGGCCAGGAAUAACUUGUGCAAACUUGAGAGUGAGGGAUUCAUUGAAUCAUCUCCAGCACAGGACUGUGUUAUCUGCUGCAAAAUGCCUGGUUUCUGCCGAGAGUGCUGCUGCGUUUUCUGUCGCAAGGUUGUUGACUAUUCCUUUGGAGGCUAUACCUACAUUAAGUGCGAGGCAGUUCUGGAAGAGAACAAAAUAUGUGGGCAUAUUGGGCACCUUGAUUGUGCUCUCCGUACUUUUAUGGCUGGAACAGUUGGAGGAAGUAUUGACUUGGAUGUGCAGUAUUGCUGCAGGCGUUGUGAUAACAAAACCAACUUGAUGAUGCAUAUAGAGAAACUCCUGGAAACUUGUCAAUCUCUCCAAUCAAGGGAUGAAAUUGAACCUAUCCUGAAUACAGGCUUAUGCCUACUGCGUGGUUCAAGACAAGCAAAAGCAAAAAGCUUGGAGAACUAUAUGGGAUCAGCAAUGGCAAAGCUAAAAUGCGGGGUCGAUCUUGCUGAAGUUUGGAAAAUGGAAGAUAAUGAUAUCAAGUCAACAGCAAAUGCAGAAGUUUCCCAAGCUACCAGUGGCGUAACAGUGCUUGGGAUCCAGCAAGCCCCAGAAGAAAGUGCUCCUCCAGGGUUUCCAUAUUAUGUUGAUUUGGCUGAUAAUGACUUGCAGAGGGCUGUUGAAAAUCUUCCAGCUUACAUUACCGAGGAUCACACCACUAUGUCUGUCAGGUUUGAAGAUUCAAUAGAUCACGCUCUUAAAGAACUGAAGAAAUCUCAGGAAGCAGAGUACAGACUGGCAGAGCAGAAGCUUUAUUCCCAGAAGGAUUAUGUCCUCAGUCUGUAUCGGCAGCUUGAUUCUGAAAGAUCCGUGCUUGCAGAUCCUAUGCCCUUAACUGAUGAUGAUAGUCCACUAUACAGCACACUAAUCUCCAAUGUUAUGAAACGUGUGAAUCAAGUGAAGAGUGAAGAGGACAAGCUCAAGGUCAUGCUGGGAAUUGCUGGUGGAUUUGGCAAGACACCGUCAGGAGUUGUCCAGGAGCAUUUUGGGCUAUCUGCUGAUAUUCCCAACUGAUUACCUGUUUUGUUGUUGUACUAUGUGGGUUUAUGACCCUCCUUGGCCCUCUUGGGGUUGUUGCUCUCCACAUGGCACCCCAUCUGUCUGGCUUGGACUAAACCAGUAAUACCGCGAAACUCGUGGUACCCUGUGGACAUGCCUUUAGGAACCUUCCUCCCCUAUUACUAGUUUA